AUGGACCUCCAAUCUUUACCAACCGAGCUCCUAGAAGCCAUCCUCACACAAGUUGACAUCCAAACACUCCUCCUCGCCCAACGAGUCUGCCGGCAAUGGGCCAACUGCAUUCAAAAAUCUGCCAAAAUCCAACAGGCCCUAUUCUUCCAACCAGCACCUAAAAGCACACCACGCCAACCAAAUACCCUCCUAGCAUCAAAGUUCCCAUACUGGUUCCCCGCCGACGACCACAAGUCAUGCGCCAUUGCCUUUGGCGCCGGCGACAUGCAAGAUUUCCUUGAAAGCAGCGACACAUAUCGACGGUCAGAGGCAAGUUGGCGCCGAAUGCUCAUUCAGCAACCACCCAUCAUGGCUUUGGGGUGGGUAGAGCGUAGUAUCGCGCCAUCAGAUAUGGUAACGAUGCACUGCUGGGAGAUCCCGCUCCAAGCAUUCGACGGACUGCGGAUGAACAUGCUCUACGACCUUAUAGUCCACAAAGCAGAGGUUGCGCCGGAAUAUUUCUAUUUCAGGGUAUUAUGGUCUCAGCACGAGACUUUUGCAAAUGAGUUGGUCUCACUGAUGUGUAACCCUGAUCCCGCGAUGCUUGGAGGGCAGAUCGCGGGAACGCUCAGGAACGCAAUGCACAGUGCGGACGUCGUUCUUGAUAUGUGGCACACAAUAAAGUUGCCGUUUCACAUGGUGCAUCAGUGGAGCGAAGAUACGUGGACUUGGGAGCUAGUAAAGGGGCUUGCGGCACCGAUGGGGGAUUUGGAAGUUGGGCUGGUGCAUGAUAUAAGGGAGUUGAAGGAGGCUAAUGAAUGGUCGUUAUCGAACGAUUAUCCUGACGCACUCCACCGGUAUAUGAUCGAAGCUAAUGUUUGUGGUGGAGGCAUGCCGUUGCCUGAUGAAGAUGACUGGGACCUGUAA